CUACACGUUGCUCGAAUAAGGCUCGAAUCUCUUCGAUCUCCUCAUCUCCUUCCUUAUUGUUCAUCGUUUCUUUCGUCAAAAUUAAUCCUAAGUCUUAAGAUUUUAGAAUUUAAUUGAAAAUUUAAUUUUUGCAAAACUUGCAUUAUAAUCGAUCUAACAAUCGGUCAAUUAUCAAGUAGUAUCAAGCUUAAGUGAGUAGAGCUAGUUAGCAGAAUUAUAAAAUUCAAUUAAUAAAAAAACAUCAAUAAUCAAAAUGAUGGACAUGACGACUCAGGGGGAAUUCAUCCUGGCUCCAGGAGAAUUCAAUGUCAUCUGCCCAUAUAAUAUGGCCCAUGUCGUGACUAAUGCCAGGCUGAUUACCCACUUGACAAAGUGUAGGACUCAAUACCAGAAAGAUUGUGAAAGGACUGGGAAGCCAAAAGAUAUGCGAAUUUGCAAUUUUAACGAUAACCACAGGGUGUUCGCUCCGGAAAUUAAUUUUCAUCAUGAAAGAUGUGAAGAUCGGUAUAAAGUGGUGGAAACUAUACGAUAUCAUGCAAGUGAUGAAUUUGCAAGAAAGAUAGAAGCUGAUCGUCGUCGGAAGGAAGAAGACGAAACACGUUUUGGUGGGACGAAUAAAGACAAGCAUGAUCAAGAUAAGAAGGACCAUAAAAGUAGAUCUAAGGAUGCUGGUCACUCUCGUCAUAAGUAUGACGAAGAUAAGAGAUCCUCUUCACGAUCGAAACAUCGCGACGAGAAACCAGCUCCGAAAAUUUGGGGUGACGAGCAAGAAGAUUGGGAAUCAGAGUCGAAAGGAUAUGAAGCGGCGUAUGACCCCCAAGAGAAACUGAGUCAUGGUGGGAUCUUGUACCAACCUCGAGGUCUUAGCAAAUCAGAACGCAAACAAUUCCGAGCCGAACAAAAGGAGAAAGCUAAUCAACGGAGCCUGGCUGAAACUGAGUCUCUGAAAAAGUUGGAUUUAGAAGCAACUCCAACAAUAAAGAAGGAACGCAAAGAAGAAGUGAUGUGUGACGCACCUUCGCCAUCAAGUAGUUACAAGAUUAAGAAAGAAUUCUCUUUGAAAAAAGAACCAGUAGUUGUUAAGAAAAUAGAGAAAAAGGAAGAAUACGAUGAUUUUACUGGAGAAGAUCCGUUCAGUUAAACAUGCCUAGUUUAAUUUCUUAUUUAAGUAAUUUAAUGUGAAAUUUUUCUAUCAUUCGAUCAAAAAGUAAACUUUCGUACUGAUAUUAUUUAAUUCUUCUUAUAUUCCAAGUAAUGGAUGAAAUUAAAAUUUAAUCCCACUAAUUAUCUGCUAAUUUGACAGCUUAUAUAAAUGCCUAACUGAAUGAAUUGUAAUGUUUAACCACGUAAUUUUUCGACAAGUUAUUAUUAAAAGAUUUUCAAUUAUUUUAAGAUUUAUGUUGAAGAUAUAAGUAGGUUGACCGGCAUUGGAGGACUUAUUUGCAAUUCAAUUUUGUAUAAAUCUUACAAUCUGACAUUUAUAAUUGCCCUCAUUAUUAUAGUAGCAAAUGGUCACAUUUUAUUCUAUAAAGCAGUGAUUUGCAAGGUCCUUAAAUGCAUUUAGUUACGUACAUAUUCACGUCGUAACUAAUCGUAAGUACAUUUUAGGACCUUAGUGAAUUGUAAAUUUGUUUAUAUUUGUCUCUGCCAUUUGUUGUAAUAAAGUGUCAAAACAAAUUGAAUUU